CUACCGUUGAACGGAAAUAAACAGCUGUGAGCUAUUUCGAUAAAGAUUGUAACUUUUCCUCUCUCUCUCUCUCUACUUCGAACAGGAAGAAGAUAGAUUCUCUCAGUUCUUUCAAAUCCAUAAAAAUAUACCUGGAAUCUUGUUUCUAUACUUCUUCUGUUUCUCAUACUCUCCACUAAUACUAACAUUUUUCCAGAAUUUUGUUAAACCCUACAAAAAUUUGAACUUUUUAAAACCCUAGAAAAUUCCAAAUUCGUAAAACCCUAGCCAAGUUCCUCUAUUGCGUGAGGGGAACUCAUCAGAACCCACGAAUCGAAAUGAAGAAUCCAGAAAAACCCUUACUUCUGUUUCUAAUUUUAGCUUCAAGCUUAGCAUCAAUGGCGACUGCAAAAUCCACAAUAGAGCCUUGCUCCAGUAAAGACACUUGUAACUCAUUGCUAGGCUACACUCUCUACACCGACCUCAAAGUCACAGAAGUCGCUUCUCUCUUCCAAGUAGACCCAGUUUCAAUGCUUUUGUCUAACUCCAUUGAUAUCUCUUACCCAGACGUCGAGAACCAUGUCCUUCCCGCUAAGCUCUUCCUCAAGAUCCCAAUCACUUGCUCCUGUGUCGACGGAAUCAGAAAAUCCCUCUCGACUCAUUACAAGACUCGUACUUCUGACACACUAGGAUCGAUUGCUGACUCUGUUUACGGUGGUCUGGUCUCUCCGGAGCAGAUUCAGGUCGCGAAUUCAGAGACUGACCUUUCGGUUCUCGAUGUAGGUACAAAGCUUGUGAUUCCAUUGCCUUGCGCUUGCUUCAAUGGUACCGAUGAAUCUCUUCCGGCGCUUUAUCUAUCUUACGUUGUGAGAGGAAUCGACACUAUGGCUGGAAUCGCAAAGAGAUUCUCGACCUCUGUUACUGAUUUAACAAACGUGAAUGCUAUGGGAGCUCCUGAUAUCAAUCCUGGUGAUAUCCUCGCUGUCCCAUUGCUAGCUUGUAGUUCAAAUUUCCCCAAAUACGCUACGGAUUACGGAUUAAUCAUUCCAAAUGGAAGCUAUGCUCUCACUGCAGGCCACUGUGUACAAUGCAGCUGUGUUCUCGGAAGCCGAAGUAUGUAUUGUGAGCCUGCUUCUAUAUCAGUCUCUUGUUCCAGUAUGAGAUGUAGAAACAGCAACUUCAUGCUUGGUAACAUUACUUCGCAGCAGAGUAGCUCCGGUUGUAAACUUACUACUUGUAGUUACAACGGUUUCGCUAGCGGCACUAUCUUGACCACGUUGUCCAUGUCUCUUCAACCUCGAUGCCCUGGACCGCAACAAUUAGCACCGCUUAUAGCCCCGCCUGAUAAUGUUCCAAAGGAACUGAUGUAUCUACCUUCACCUUCACCUUCGCCAUCACCAGAGUUUGAUGAUAUUGCUGGUGGAGGAUCAUCUAUAGCCGCAGUCCCCGCGGCUUCACCUGGAGGAGCUACGGUUUCUUCAAGCAAUUCAAUCCCGGGUAAUCCAGCUAAUGGUCCAGGCGGAAGUAUUUCUAUAGCUUCUUGUCCAUUGAGCUAUUACUCAUUCAUUGCGUUACUCAUCCCCAUUGGUUCUUGCUUUUUUGUUUUCUAAGUUUGAAUGCAAGACAAUCUCAUGAACACUGCUAGUACUUUGGUUUGUCAUUGUUAAAUUUGUAUUGAAUGCCUGGCCGGUUGACGGUUUUUUCCGGUUUAAAAUUGUCCGGUUCACAGUCUUGCAAGUCUGGGCAACCAAACCCAAUUCAAUCCAAGAAGAAGCCCAAAUUAGUUUGGAUAACGAAAAGCCCAUUUAAGUUUUUGAUUCUUAUUGUAUAUAAACGAUAAUUUGUUCAAAGG